AUGAACUUUGAAGAAAGAGACUCUCAUUGACAAGAGCUUUUAAAAGAAAAACUCGAUUUAAUUCAAACAUUCAGCAAAGAAAAUUGCUGCAAAGUGUGCAUUUGUUUCGAAUUACUGAAAAUUGCGAUUUGUGCUGAAAAAUGCUUUCCGGAAGGAGAUGAAAGGGAUUUAUUGAUUUCGCGAUUUUUAGGCAAUAUUUUUGACGAAGAUACCUUGGCUAGUUUGAGUGAUAAGGUACGAGAGCAUUUCAAUAAUAUUUCGGAUUGUGUGACUGCUAGAAAGAAAUUAGAAAAUUUAGAAGAAAAAUUAAACAAAUGCUAUGAUGAAUUUCAGAAUAAAACCAUUGAUAUAGAAGAAGUUAUAAAAUUGAAAAAUGAUGAUCCUUUUAAUGGAGAUUACUUGAAAAGAAUUGAAGAGCUGGAAAGAAGAGUUGUGCAAUAUGAAGAAUCGCUUAACAACUUGAGAAUCGAAAAUUCAGAUUUAAAAGAAAAAAUAAUGAAAGCGGCAACUUUAUAUGAAUCUUAUAUGAAAAGAAGAAAAAGCGAAAUUUUAUCUGAAUAUAUUCAGAUAAGAGAUGAGCAGGAUAGGCUUAGGAAUCAACUGAAUAGUCUAAAGGAACAAACUGAUAAAAAUGCAGAAAACUUAGCAAGACUACAAAAAGAAGCUUUAAAACCAGAAGUAAGAGCUCAGUUAGAACUUCUACUCCCCCCCCCAUCCGAGUGAACAAAAAAAUUUUGUUCACUAACGGAGGGGGGUUAAUUUUUUUUUUUAAAAAAUUUUAUAUAUAAAAUUUUAUAAAAAAAAUUUUUUUUUUUUCGAAAUUUAAAAAAAAUCCUAAAUUCGCAAAAAUUUGAAAGCAAAUAUUAAUUUAAUUUAUAAAAUUUAUGUUUUAAAAAGCAAUUCGUUUAAAAUUAAACAGAUUUCAUUCUACUAAUUAUCACUUAUAUCUCAAAAUUUUUUUACAUAAAACAUUUUUCUAUUAAAAAAAUUUUUGUUCACUCACGGAGGGUGGUUUUUUGGGCAAAAAAUAGCGAUUUUUCUAAUGGUUUUGUUCACUCACGGAGGGGGGGGGAGUAAGCAAGGACUUUCAAAACUGGCAAAAUCUUUUUGAGCAACAGAAGCUCUCCUUUGAUACCUCCACUUUUGCCUUAAAACAAGCUUCUAAUAGAUCUCAGGAUGCCAUCAAAGAGCUUGAUAAAAUCUGGUCAGAGAUCCAAUUCAUCCGAGAGCGACAAAACGAUUUACGAAAAUGGCAAAAAGAAUGCAAAAACUUAUCAAAACACUCCAAUAAUCUCUUAUAAUACCUUAGCUAAAUUUCUUAUGGACGUUAUUCGCGCCAUUUUCAUAUGAAAUUUCAAAUUAUGAAUUUGCCGCACUAAAAUCUGCGUUUUGAAACGUAUAUUUGGUUUCCACAUACCAAAUUCAAAAUGGCAUGCAUAUGCAUGAUAAGAAAAAAAAUGCAACGCAUUAUAUCAGCUGCUGACUCAGUUUAUUCUUCUCAGCAAGAAUUCCGUGAUUUCCAAUUAAUUAUCCAAGAAAAGUUAGAAAAUCUGAGGCUCGAAGUCGAAGCACUGAGGUCACAGAGCAAGCCUUUUGCAACUGAAGAAUAUAAAAACGACGUUCUUGACCUCAGGAAACAAAUGGAUGAUGUAAAAUUAUCAUGCAAUAAAUAUCACCCUGGAGAGUUAAUAAAAGACAGCGCUUUGGGAGGAAGUUAUUGGUCGUGCUGUAAAGGCAACCAAAGCUCUAUGGGGUGUGAAAGAAGAAAUAAAUAA